AUGGAGGAUGCCUGCAGAAACGAGGACCUGGACAACCUGGUUACAUUGAAGUUCGCUUCCGAGGAGCGCAGCAUCCUUGUUAUUCGAACUGGUUGUCCAUCCGCCUGCGGGUACAAUCGCAAUUUAGUCUACCUGACUACAGCCUACGGCGUACCCGACCCGCAAUCCGUCCUGGGCUCGCCGGGCGCGGCGGCAGUGGCCACCGAUGACCCACAUCGGAACAACUCCAGCGCUUUGCAGCUGCUGUUCGGGCGCCCCAGCAGCACCUCCCGCUGCUGCCUUGCGGCGACUUCCGGUAUGGUUCCUUCCAGCCCUAGCAUGACACUUGUGGCCGCUAAUUCUAUCCGCUGUGAAAACCCCAGCGCAGCUGCUACUGCCGCGGCCGCGGCCACGGCAGCAGCCGCAUCUGCCGCCAGUGGCAACAGCGGCUGCGGCGGCACUCUGCACGGCAGCUGCCCCACUCAGCCGUCGGCUUCUUCCUCCUUAUGCGAUGACCAACUCUGUCUCAGCUUCAGUUUGAGCAUGAGCAGCCCGCCUGGGCCGGCGCAAUGGCCCGGAAGCAACAAUCCCGCUGAGCCGGACGAGCCCACUUAUGACGACGUUGAGGUUGGCGGCGGCGAUGGUGGGGGCAACCAUGAAGCCCCCGUCCUCGCCGCCCAGGCAACUUUUGAGUCGCUUGCUCAGACCUGCACCCCGCCGGGCCUCCACACGAUGGCAAGUAGGGUGCUGCAGAUAACGGGUACAGUGCACGAUGGUCUCGCGCCACCCGGUCUACAUGGCGGCGGCAGGACUCGGGGCUUGGAGGCGGCGGCGGCGAUGGCGGCGGGGCCACGGCAGCAGCACCCCGGGGUUCUCACGGACUGCACUCUCGGAGGCAGCGGUGGCGGCGGCAGGGAGGCCACCCACUUGAGAGCCUCUGUCAGCUCGUCGCAACUGAGUCGGGUUGACGCUACAGCCGCAGCUGCUGCUGCUCAGGCUACUGGUGGUAGCAGCGGUGACGACGGGGCCCGCGGGGCCGGCCUUGGCAGGCUGCGGCGGUCUACGACCGCCAUUCCUGAUUGCAGCUACAGCCUAGCCCAGAGGCAACUCGCGCUCGGGCAACGCGGCGGCGGCAGUGGUGGAGGCGCCCCGCCGAGACCCGGUGCGCUGUCGUCCUCCUCCCCACUGCCCUCCAGCUUGAUGUCCACCCUCAAAUCGUGUAGCGACAGCGGCCAGGAACCCCGCGGCAGCAGCGAUAGCGACGGCAGCAGGCGGCGUCUGCUAGCCGCCAUGGCCGCAAGGAAGUUGGCUGCUGUAGCCGCUGCCGGCGCCGCCAGUCACACAAAUUUACUUGCUACAGCCGACGGAUCAGGGCGCCCGUCAGCCGCAGCCGCCCCCUCCGGCUCGCCGCUGCCGGUGCCGACGGAGUUGCGAGGUGCCGCUACCGCCGCCGAUCACCAUGCGGCUGCGGCCGCCAGGCCGCCACCGCCGCCGCCGCCGCCGUCACCACCGGUGCCGGUGCCGCUAGCGUCUGGGCGCUUCUCCUUCGGCGCCCGCAGUGGCGGCAGCAAAACCCGUGGCACCGGUGCCGACUCCUCUCCGGACAAAUCCGUCCCCUCCGCCCAGCCCCUCUUCCCCUUCUUGGAGCGACCAGCUACAGCCACAGCCCAACAACCGCAACAGCAACCACAGCAGGAGCGGGUGGCUGCUCAGGUGGUUCCGGAGCCUCAGGCGCUGCGACUCAUCUCCUGUACGAUACGCGCAUCGGAGGUGAAGCGCUCUCCUGGCUCUCGCCCGGGUCGGGUGCUGACGGCUGAGGAGCUGAGUCGGCGGCUGCUGGCGGACGCGGACGGAGGCGCCGCCACCAAGCUACUGCUGACUCGGGCUGCUGGCGGCACUGCCGACCUCCCACCCCCAACCAGCAAGUCCCCUCGAGGCGCCUUUUUCCCCAUUGUGGAGGACGAGGGGGGGGCCCAGGAGGGCAGCGGCGAUAGCGGCGCCUCCACCGCGGCGGCUGCGGCCGCGGGCGGCGAUGUCGGGACGGACGACGACCCGGCGCCGGCCGCCCGGUGUCUAGGCCGCUUCGUGAUGUAUUGGCGACGGGUGCUGGUAGGGGGGAAGGUGUAG